AAAACAGAACUAUCUUUGGAGAGUGGGGUCUAUUCAUUUGAGGAAGAAAGUGAGUUACCAAAAGGAACCACGAGGAAGGAAAGAAAGGCAGCCAAAUUAAGUAAAGAAGCAUUAAAACAACUGCAUAGUGAGACUCAGCGCCUUAUUCGAGAGUCUGCACUUAACCUUCCGUAUCAUAUGCCUGAGAAUAAAACCAUUCACGAUUUCUUCAAACGUAAACCCCGGCCCACUUGCCAGGGAAAUGCCAUGGCACUACUGAAGUCAUCUAAAUAUCAGUCAAGCCAUCACAAAGAAAUCACAGACACUGCAAAUACCACUGAAAUGAACAGUUAUCACCACAGUAAAGGUUCUGAGCAGACAACGGGUGCAAAAAAUGAAGUGGAAAUUAAUGCACUCCCUGUGGUUUCAAAGGAAACCCAGAUCAUUACUGGAUCAGAUGAGUCUUCUGGGAAGGAUUUGGUAAAAAAUGAAGAGCUAGAAAUUCAGGAGAAACAGAAGCAGAGUGACAUUAGACCUUCACCUGGGGACAGCUCGGUGGUGCAACAGGAAUCCAACUUCCUUGGGAACAAUCACAGUGAGGAAUGUCAGGUUGGAGGGCUUGUAGCAUUUGAACCUCAUGCCCUGGAGGGUGAAGACCCCCAAAAUCCAGAAGAAACAGAUGAGAAAGUGGAAGAGCCUGGGCAGCAAAAUAAAUCAUCAGCAGUUGUGCCACCUGAAAAAGUGAGAAGAUUUACUCUGGAUAGACUUAAGCAACUGGGAGUAGAUGUUUCCAUUAAACCACGGCUAGGUGCUGAUGAAGAUUCCUUUGUGAUACUUGAUGAACCUGAAACCAACAGAGAACUGGAAGCCUUGAAGCAGCGUUUCUGGAAGCAUGCUAAUCCAGCAGCCAAACCCAGGGCUGGUCACACAGUGAAUGUGAACAUCAUAGUGAAAGACGUGGGCACUGAUGGAAAGGAAGAGCUAAAAGCAGAUGUGGUACCUGUGACUUUAGCACCUAAGAAGUUGGAUGGAGCAAGCCACACAAAACCAGGUGAAAAUCUUCAGGUGCUAAAAGCUAAACUGCAAGAGGCAAUGAAACUCCGAAGGUUUGAGGAGCGCCAGAAGCGCCAAGCACUGUUUAAAUUAGAUAAUGAAGAUGGAUUUGAGGAAGAGGAGGAGGAAGAGGAAGAAAUGACAGAUGAGUCUGAGGAAGAUGGAGAAGAGGAGGUAGUGAAAGAAGAGGAAGAAGAGGAAGAACUGGAGGAAGAGGAGGAGAAAGAAGAGGAAGAGGAAGAAGAUGGAAAUCAGGAGGACAGCUCUUCCAAGAUGGGUUACUUUCCUAUUGAAGAAAAAUCAGAAACAGAUGAAAACUCAGGCAAACAGCCUAGCAAACUGGAUGAGGAUGAUUCAUGUUCAUUGCUAACGAAGGAGAGCAGCCACAAUAGCAGCUUUGAGCUGAUUGGCUCCACGAUUCCAUCCUAUCAGCCUUGCAACAGACAAACAGGCCGUGGGACCAGUUUUUUCCCUACAGCAGGAGGAUUCAGAUCUCCUUCCCCUGGGCUAUUUCGAGGUAGUUUGGUCAGCUCAGCUUCUAAGAGUUCAGGGAAACUGUCUGAGCCUUCACUUCCCAUAGAGGAUUCCCAGGAUCUGUAUAACGCCUCCCCAGAGCCUAAGACACUUUUCCUAGGAGCAGGAGACUUCCAGUUCUGUUUAGAAGAUGACACUCAGAGCCAACUGUUGGAUGCAGAUGGGUUCUUAAAUGUUAGAAACCACAGGGAUCAGUACCAAGCUUUGAAGACUCGAUUGCCAUUGGCCAGUAUGGAUGAGAAUGCCAUGGAUGCCAACAUGGAUGAGCUGUUGGAUUUGUGUACUGGAAAGUUUACAUCUCAGACUGAAAAACAUCUACCCAGGAAGAGUGACAAGAAAGAGAACAUGGAGGAACUUCUGAACCUUUGUUCAGGAAAAUUCACUUCUCAGGAUGCCUCCACUCCGGCCUCAUCAGAGUUAAAUAAGCAGGAGAAGGACAGCAGCAUGGGUGAUCCAAUGGAAGAAGCACUUGCUCUUUGCUCAGGCUCUUUUCCAACAGACAAGGAAGAGGAAGACGAGGAGGAGGAAUUUGGAGACUUCCAGCUCGUCUCAAAUGAUAAUGAGUUUGAUACUGAUGAGGAUGAACACAGUGACUCUGGUAAUGAAGACCUGGCACUGGAAGACCAUGAAGAUGAUGAUGAAGAAGAACUCCUGAAUCGAUCUGAGAAGUUGAAAAGGCAAAUGAGGUUGAGGAAAUACCUGGAGGAUGAGGCAGAGGUGUCAGGAAGUGAUGUGGGAAGUGAAGAUGAGUAUGAUGGGGAAGAAAUUGAUGAAUAUGAAGAGGACGUAAUUGAUGAAGUACUUCCUUCUGAUGAGGAACUACAGAGUCAAAUCAAGAAAAUACACAUGAAAACUAUGUUGGAUGAUGAUAAGCGACAGCUACGUUUAUACCAAGAGAGGUACCUUGCUGAUGGGGAUCUGCACAGCGAUGGUCCUGGGCGAAUGAGAAAGUUUCGAUGGAAAAACAUAGAUGAUGCUUCCCAGAUGGACUUGUUCCACAGAGACUCUGAUGAUGAUCAGACUGAAGAACAGCUUGAUGAGUCAGAAGCCAGGUGGAGGAAGGAGCGAAUUGAACGAGAGCAGUGGCUUCGGGACAUGGCACAGCAGGGGAAAAUUACAGCUGAAGAAGAAGAAGAAAUUGGGGAGGACAGUCAGUUUAUGAUACUGGCCAAGAAAGUUACAGCCAAAGCACUGCAGAAGAAUGCCAGUCGCCCUAUGGUUAUUCAGGAAUCAAAGUCUUUGCUCAGAAAUCCUUUUGAAGCCAUCAGACCGGGAAGUACUCAACAGGUGAAGACAGGCUCACUGCUAAACCAGCCCAAAGCUGUGCUUCAGAAACUGGCUGCUCUCUCUGACCGUAACCCCAGUGCUCCUCGAAAUUCAAGAAACUUUGUCUUUCAUACACUUUCUCCUGUGAAGGCUGAGGCGGCAAAGGAAUCGUCUAAGUCUCAGGUAAAGAGAAGGGGUCCAUCUUUCAUGGCUUCUCCUUCACCUAAGCGCCUCAAAACAGAAGAUAGCACUUCAGGAUUGAAGCGAAGCAUCUUCAAAUACUUGGAGAGCUAACACCAUCAAAGUUGCCAAAAUCUACAUUGAGACUGCUUUGAGAAGUUCCUAGCACUGAAAGUUGGAAUUGACACUCAAGCCAACGAUCCUUCCUUCCUUCAUAAUCAAUGCAAUAAGAUUGCAGACAGAAAUUCCUGUUCUUUCUACUGCACAGCUCUGGACAUCUCUUUUCCUAGUAUUAUUCCCUGGAUUGGCCACUGAUCUCAGUUCUGCAGUAUUUACAACAUCAACAACUCAUGGAAUACUUGGGUGAGGUUUGUUUUUUUUUUAAGAUGGAGUCUCACUCUGUUGCCCAGGCUGGAGUGCAGUGGCAUGAUCUCGGCUCACCGCAACCUCCGCCUCCCAGGUUCAAGCGAUUCUCCUGCCUCAGCCUCCCAAGUAGCUGGCAUUACAGGCAUGUGCCAAUAUGCCCAGCUAGUUUUUGUAUUUUUAGUAGAGACAGGGUUUCACUAUGUUGGCCAGGCUGGUCUUGAACUCCUGACCUCAAAUGAUCCACCCGCUUCGGCCCCGCAAAAUGCUGAGAUUACAGGCAUGAGUCACCGCACCUGGCCUUGGGUUAGGUUUCACUUCUUCCAUUAAACAUUUGACAUUUUAUCCUAGCAGCUUUCUGGGUUAAUAUCUCUUUGUGAUAGAAGUGGUUGGAAGAGGAAGAGUAGGGAAAAGUGUGACAUUACAGAUUAAACAGUGAAAAUCAGUUCCACAAUGACUCCUUUACACCCAUGAUAUAUGUACCAUGAUGACCAGGGUUCAGUGAAAGAAAGAUUUCUUUUCUUUUUUUUUUUUUUUUUUUUUUGAGACAGUCUCACUUUGUUGCCUAGUCUGGAAUGCAGUGGCGCAUUUUGGCUCAUGGCAGCCUCUGCCUCCCGGGCUCAAGUGAUUCUCCUGUCUCAGCCUCCCAAGUAGCUGAGACUACAGGCGCAUGCUACCACACCCGGCUAAUUUUUGUAUUUUUCGUGGAGACAGGGUUUCACCAUGUUGGCCAGGCUGGUCUCGAACUCCUGACCUCAAGUGAUCCAGCUGCCUCAGCCUCCCAAAGUGCUGAGAUUACAGGCAUGAACCACACUGUGCCCAGCCAAAAGCAAGAUUUAUUAGACAGAGGACCUAGGAACCAAUAGAUGGGCUGCUGUGUUAUUCUUACCCCUUUCAUUUUCCUGUAUGCUUCUUCCCAAGCCAGCAUCAAAUUUUGAAUUAAUUUUUGCUGCUUAAUAAGGACUUAAACUGGUACCCAAGUCAGAAAGACUGGCUCUAAUUUUCUGGAGCUUGGGGAUGAAGAUAAAGCGUUACAUCCAGUGUUUGUCCACCACAGUCUAUGAGGCAGAGAGACCUUCCCUGGGACUGAAUUCUCAAUUUGAAGCACUGUUGUUCAAAGACCUCCCUUCUGAGUCUGACAAGAAGAAACAUAACCAUUAUUUAUUGCAUUCUCCUGGCUUACAUACAUUGCCCUCACUAGUCAAUCGACAUUUCAGUAUUUCAUUACUAAUUUUGAGAGAAGACCACCAUGGAAUUUAAAAAAAUAUUAUUGAAGAGAAUUGCCAUCAUUCUCCAUUUGCCCUGAACUACCACAAGCUUCUUAGAAUUUUAGACAAAUGUUUUUCCCCUCAGAACUGAGCAUCAAUGCUGCUUUCGAAAAACAUUCCAUGUGAAUACUGUGGUUUCAGUGUCAGGACCUGGACUUGGGAAGGUGGAAGAGAGUGUGCCAGUUUUUUAUUGGGAGAUGGGAACACCAAUUUAAUUGAUGCAAUUAGGUUGUAGGUUUUCUACAGUUUUUCUUUUCUUUCCUCUUUCCUCUUUUCUUUUCUUUUUCUUUUUCUUUUCUUUUCAACAUAGGCUGGCUCUGUCUCCUAGGCU